GGGCCAUAAAGGCGCAGUGCAGCUUGGCUGUGCUCACACACAGGAGUAACCUGUUGGAUAGCUGGUUUUGCUUCUCUUUCACGCUGACCCAACACCCGGAUCGUCUCCAUACUCCUGAUCCUGUGUUUACCUGCAAAAUCUGGAUCCCUGCACUUUCCCACCCGUUGUAUGAGUUGGUAUGAAAAACUCCUGCUGGAAUGAGAGCCUCUGUCCUAGGAUCAGCCUGUGCGCUUUUGUUGCUGCUGCGGGAGCCUGCGUGUCGGGGUGAUGACGUUACCUCGAGCACAGUCAAUCCAUGCUGUUCCUUCCCCUGUCAGCACUGGGGUGUGUGCGUCCAGUACGGUCAGGACAAGUAUGAGUGUGACUGCACUCGUACCGGCUACUACGGAGAAAACUGCACAGUCCCCGAGCUUUGGACCCGAGUUCGUCAGUUUUUCAGGCCCAAUCCAGGUGUGGUGCACUACAUUCUCACCCACUUCCACUGGCUCUGGGACAUCAUCAACCACACUUUCCUGCGGGACGUCCUCAUGCGGCUGGUGUUAACAGUGAGGUCAAACUUAAUUCCCAGCCCUCCAACCUUCAACUCCAAGUAUGACUACCUCAGCUGGGAAUCCUACUAUAAUCUGAGCUACUACACUCGACUUCUGCCUCCGGUGCCAAAGGACUGUCCCACACCUUUGGGGGUGAAAGGCAAGGCUGGGCUACCUGACCCUGAGGUGUUGGUUGAGAGGCUUCUGAAGAGAAGGACGUUCCGACCCGAUCCCCAGCGCACCAGCCUCAUGUUCGCCUUCUUCGCGCAGCACUUCACCCACCAGUUCUUUAAGACCUUCAAUCGCAUGGGCCUCGGCUUCACUAAGGCUGUCGGCCACGGGGUGGACGCAGGACACAUUUAUGGAGACAGCCUGGAUCGUCAGCUAAACCUCAGGCUUCUCAAAGAUGGAAAGCUGAAAUAUCAGUUAAUUGAUGGAGAGAUGUACCCUCCCAGUGUCGCUGAUGCAUCUGUUAGAAUGAGCUACCCUCCCGGAGUCCCCGCUGAGGCUCAGAUGGCUAUCGGUCAGGAAGUCUAUGGACUUCUCCCUGGUUUGGGAAUGUACGCCACGCUGUGGCUGAGGGAGCACAACCGAGUCUGUGAUAUAUUGAAAGCGGAGCAUCCCACCUGGGACGAUGAGCAGCUUUUCCAGACCACACGGCUCAUUAUUAUCGGCGAGACCAUACGAAUCGUGAUAGAAGAUUACGUGCAGCACCUCAGCGGAUACCUGCUUCAACUCAAGUUCGAUCCCACCCUGCUGUUCGGCUCUCCCUUCCAGUACGGCAACCGUAUCGCUCUGGAGUUCAGCCAGCUCUACCACUGGCACCCUUUGAUGCCCGACAGCUUCUUAAUAAAUGGGGACGAGCUGUCAUACGAACAGUUUCUCUUCAACACGUCUGUUCUGACGCACUACGGCGUGGAGGCCCUCGUGGAUUCCUUCUCCAGGCAAAUUGCUGGGCAGAUUGGCGGUGGGCACAACAUCAAUGCGAUGGUCACCAAAGUAGCCGUUGGGACCAUCAAGGAGUCCCGUGAACUUCGCCUCCAGUCUUUCAACCAGUACAGGAAGCGCUUUAACCUCACGCCAUACACGUCAUUCAGGGAAUUCACCGAUAAUGAGGAGAUAGCACGAGACCUCGAAGAGCUCUACGAUGACAUUGACGCACUGGAAUUUUACCCCGGCUUGUUGUUGGAGAAAACACGAGCGGGGGCCAUAUUUGGUGAAAGCAUGGUGGAGAUGGGUGCCCCCUUCUCCCUUAAAGGCCUCCUGGGAAACCCUAUAUGCUCUCCGGAAUACUGGAAGCCCAGCACCUUUGGAGGAAAGGUGGGCUUUGAAAUAGUAAACUCUGCCACACUCAAGAAGCUGGUGUGUCAAAACACCAGAACGUGUCCUUACGUGUCAUUUAGAGUACCAGCAGAAGAGAAGCAAGAACACGGGCGAGAAGGUGACAGAGCGCAGACUGAUGAGCUAUAACCUUUGCAGACAUCAGAAGGUUGUUUUGUUUUUGUAAGAUCAUUAUAUGAAGGUAAAAGAGGCGGCUGCUAAAUAAAACAUUUUUUAAAAAUUUGUGUUACAGAUGUUUGCUUGGAAAACAUCAGUAAUGCAUGCUUGAACAGCACUGGAGAGUCACACAGGAAUCAAGAGCUCAGAAUGAAAUCAAAUAUGCCUUUUCCUUUAUUUUGCUCACUGUCUCAUACACUUGAACACAAAUACAUGAGGAAUAAACAUGUUUUUUUGUAAAUAAAACUUGUGUCCGAAGACUGAAAUGAUCACAAUACCUGUUCGCACUGUCCAUCAGUAAACGUUUUUACUGUCUGCAGAAUUAUUUUGAAAGAUCUCAUUGCAGCUCAGCAUAAAGACUGAAAUAAAACUGCCCAUUCAUUCAAA